AUGAAGAUACUCUGGCCAGAAAGGCCCCUCACCCUGCCUCCUGGCAUUGUGCCCAGGUUGGGACAACCUCAGGAAGACUUGGUCACAUGUCAGGUGGUCAGGCUGGUAGUGGGCGCCCCGCUGGAAACCAACGGCCACCAGAAGACAGGAGAUGUGUACAAGUGUCCGGUCACCCAGGGCAACUGCACCAAGCUCAAUCUGGGGAGGGUCACCCUGUCCAAUGUGUCUGAGCGGAAGGACAACAUGCGUCUUGGCCUGAGCCUUGCCACCAACCCCAAGGACAACAGCUUCCUGGCCUGCAGUCCCCUCUGGUCUCACGAGUGUGGAAGCUCUUACUACACCACAGGGAUGUGCUCACGAGUCAACUCCAACUUCAGGUUCUCCAAGACUGUGGCUCCAGCUCUCCAAAGGUGCCAGACCUACAUGGACAUCAUCAUUGUCCUGGAUGGCUCCAACAGCAUCUACCCAUGGGUGGAGGUUCAACACUUCCUCAUCAACAUCCUGAAGAAGUUUUACAUCGGCCCAGGGCAGAUCCAGGUCGGAGUGGUUCAGUACGGAGAAGACGCAGUGCACGAGUUUCACCUCAAUGACUACAGGUCUGUCAAAGACGUGGUAGAGGCCGCCAGCCACAUCGAGCAGAGAGGAGGAACAGAGACUCGGACAGCAUUUGGCAUUGAAUUUGCUCGCUCGGAGGCUUUUCAGAAGGGUGGAAGGAAAGGAGCCAAGAAAGUGAUGAUUGUCAUCACAGAUGGGGAGUCCCACGACAGCCCUGACCUGGAGAAGGUGAUCCAGCAAAGCGAGAAAGACAACGUAACCAGAUAUGCUGUGGCUGUCCUGGGUUACUACAACCGCAGGGGGAUCAAUCCAGAAACUUUCCUCAAUGAGAUCAAAUACAUCGCCAGUGACCCGGAUGACAAGCACUUCUUCAAUGUCACUGACGAGGCGGCCUUGAAGGACAUUGUUGAUGCCCUAGGAGAGCGCAUCUUCAGCCUGGAAGGCACCAACAAGAAUGAGACGUCCUUUGGGCUGGAGAUGUCACAGACGGGCUUCUCUUCCCACGUGGUGGAGGAUGGGGUUCUGCUAGGAGCUGUUGGCGCCUACGACUGGAAUGGGGCCGUGCUGAAGGAGACGAGUGGUGGCAAGCUCAUUCCCUACCGAGAGUCCUACCUGAAGGAGUUCCCCGAGGAGCUCAAGAACCACGGCGCAUACCUGGGGUACACGGUGACGUCAGUCGUGUCCUCCAGGCAGGGACGGGUGUACGUGGCCGGAGCCCCCCGGUUCAACCACACAGGCAAAGUCAUCCUGUUCACCAUGCACAACAACCGCAGCCUCACCAUCCACCAGGCUCUGCGAGGCGAGCAGAUAGGCUCCUAUUUUGGGAGUGAGAUCACCUCGGUAGACACCAAUGAUGACAAUGUGACAGACGUCCUGCUGGUGGGAGCCCCCAUGUACUUCAGUGAGGGCCGUGAGAGGGGCAAGGUGUAUGUCUACAACCUGAGACAGAACCGGUUUGUUUAUAACGGAACACUGAAGGAUUCCCACAGCUACCAGAAUGCACGGUUUGGGUCAUCCAUCGCCUCCGUCCGAGACCUCAAUCAAGACUCCUUCAAUGACGUGGUGGUAGGGGCCCCACUGGAGGACGACCACAGGGGGGCCAUCUAUAUCUUCCAUGGCUUCCAGGGCAGCAUUCUGAAGAGGCCCAAGCAGAGAAUCCCUGCAACGGAGCUGGCCCCUGGCCUCCAGUACUUCGGCUGCAGCCUACACGGACAGCUGGACCUGAAUGACGAUGGGCUCGUGGAUCUGGCCGUGGGGGCCCUGGGCAGCGCUGUCGUUGUAUGGGCCCGGCCUGUGGUGCAGAUCAACGCCAGCCUCCACUUCGAGCCCGCCAAGAUCAACAUCUUCCAUAAGGACUGCAAGCGCAGUGGCAGGAGCGCCACCUGCCUGGCCGCCUUCCUCUGCUUCACGCCCAUUUUCCUGGCACCCUACUUCCAAAUGGCCACUGUCGGCAUCAGGUACAAUGCCAGCAUGGAUGAGAGGCGGUAUAUGCCAAGGGCCCACCUGGAUGAGGGCGGGGACCAGUUCACCAACAGAGCUAUCCUGCUGUCCUCUGGCCAGGAGCACUGUCAGCGAAUCAACUUCCACGUCCUGGACACUGCUGACUACGUGAAGCCCAUAGCGUUCUCAGUCGAGUACUCACUGGAAGACCCCGAGCACGGCCCCAUGCUGGAUGACGGCUGGCCCACGACACUCAGAGUUUCGGUGCCUUUCUGGAACGGCUGCAAUGAGGAUGAGCGCUGCGUCCCCAACCUUGUGCUGGAUGCCCGGAGUGACCUGCCCACGGCCAUGGAGUACUGUCAGUGGGUGCUGAGGAGGUCUGUGCAGGAUUGUUCAGCAUACACACUGUCCUUCGACACCACUGUGUUCAUCAUUGGAAGCACACGCAGGCGCGUGGCAGUGGAGGCCACACUGGAGAACAGGGGUGAGAAUGCCUACAGCACGGUCCUCAACAUCUCCCAGUCCGCAAAUCUGCAAUUUGCCAGCUUGAUCCAGAAGGAUGACUCCGACAGCAGCAUCGAGUGCGUGAAUGAGGAGAGGAGGCUGCACAAGAAAGUCUGCAAUGUCAGCUACCCCUUCUUCAGAGCCAAGGCCAAGGUGGCUUUCCGUCUGGACUUCGAGUUCAGCAAGACAGUCUUCCUCCACCACCUGCAGAUCCAGCUCAGCUCCGGCAGUGACAGUGACGAGCAGGACAGCACCAAGGAAGACAACUCGGCUCUCCUGAGCUUCCACCUCAAAUACGAGGCCGACAUCCUCUUCACCAGGAGCAGCAGCCUGAGCCACUAUGAGGUCAAGGCCAACAGCUCGCUGGAGAGAUAUAAUGGUAUCGGACCUCCAUUCAGCUGCAUUUUCAAAGUGCAGAACCUGGGCUUUUUCCCCAUCCACGGGGUGAUGAUGAAGAUAACAGUCCCCAUCGCCACCCGGGGUGGCAACCGCCUGCUGACCCUGAGGGACUUCCUCACUGACCAGGUGAACAUGUCCUGUAACACCUGGGGGAACAACACUGAGUACCGGACCACCCCAACUGAGGAAGACUUGACUCGUGCGUCACAGCUGAACCACAGCAACUCUGACGUGGUCUCCAUCGACUGCCACGUGAGGCUGGCCCCCAACCAGGAAGUCAGCUUCCACCUGCUGGGGAACCUGUGGCUGAGGUCCCUGAAGGCCCUCAAGUACAGGUCUCUGAAGAUCACGGUCAAUGCAGCCCUGCAGAGGCAGUUCCACAGCCCUUUCAUCUUCCGUGAGGAGGACCCCAGCCGCCAGGUCACGUUUGAGAUCUCCAAGCAGGAAGACUGGCAGAUCCCCAUUUGGAUCAUUGUGGGUAGCACGCUGGGGGGCCUCCUGCUGCUGACCCUGCUGGUGCUGGCACUGUGGAAGCUCGGCUUCUUUAAAAGUGCCAAGCACAGGAGGGAGCCGGGCCCCACUCCCAAAGCACUGGAGUGAGGCCCCAACGGAGGAUUUGAGUUGAUGGGCCGGACACCAGUCCGGGCGGUGUGCAGGCCCAGGCCCAUGGCCCUGCUGAGCUGGAACAGAGGACACCAGCAGGCUUUGCACUUGGCCUCAUCUUCUGAGCGAUGCCACCUGCUCCCUCUGGGAUGGACCUCAAGCUGGAGUUAAGAGGAGCCUACUGGGAGGCUGGGACGCCUCCAAUACAGAUCCCUAGGGACUUAAGGGAACCCCUCCAAGGGCCCCCCAAGGCUCCCCCAGGCUCUGUGGAGUGAAUUUGCUGCCAUACACACUUAAGGUGCUAGGAAUUUGUAGUCAUGCCCACCUCCAAAGAAACCCUGGGAGAAAGCCUGUAAAUAUAAACCCACUCCACACACUCUGUCCAAACAUCUAAUUCCAGAAGGACCCAUGACAACAGGUCCGACUUCUUCAACACACCUUCCCACCUCUCUCACCCAUUUGUUUUGCUCCCAAGUCAUAGCCACCCUUCCCCAUAGAUAGGCCCCGAAGCUCCCUGUGAGUGAACCCAAGCCCUUAGGUCUGCAGGCCAGGGAUGAAGAGCUCUGGGAGGCAGAGACUGCAAGAUGGGCAGUGGGACCUGGUAUGCUGAGCCCGUCCUGACAUCAGGGAGCAGCAGGCUCCCCACCACAUGUCACACUGGGCACCAACCCCACACUCCCCCACCUGCUGUCAGCAUCCUGGCUGCCUUCCUCCCGGCUGCUUUUGUUCCUGGGGACCUCCGGAGCUUGUGGAUAACCCAGUCCCUUGGGCUCCGCAUUCCCACUGUCUUCUGCAGCAGCCUUCCCCUGCUUGGACACACUGGCCUGGCUGCAGCCAGGGCCCAGGGUUAAGGGUGGGAAGCCUCCCCUCCCUGCAUUGGCCCCUACGCGCGCACGCGCGCACACACACACACGCACCCACACACAGGAGAAGGGCUCAGGAGGUGCAGCACAGGGGCCCUCUCUGCAGUGCACUGAUCAAAGCCCCUGCAAGGACCCUCAGAGCCUGUGCAGCCUCCGAAGUAGACAUCUCAUCUGCCAGGCCUGCGGGACUCGUGAUAGGACCAACAAUGGCACCCCAAGGACAAGGGCAUGCUGGGUGCCCAGCGGAGUAACUUAUGCUAUAAUCCUUUUUGAGGUAGAGAUGAAAGAGGGGCAUGUCAAAAGCACCUGUCCCUCCCCCCUGCCCCGUGCAUAGUAUGACCUUCACUGUGGUAGAGAAUUUUCAGAAAUUAAAAAAGUGUUCUAAAACCACCAGGGUGCUGUAUCCCAUUCUGCGACAGCACUGUCUCAUGGAGCCACAUCUGCUCUGAAGAGGAGGUGGGUA